AUGUCUACUAGUAACCAAAAGAUGCCUAGACCUAUGGCUAGGGACGCUCCUAGAUUCGAUGGCGAUAAGUCAGAGAAUAUAAGGCAUUUCUUGUCGCAGAUGGAGGACUUAUUCUCCGACUGUAGCAUCACAGAUGAUGCUGAGAGAAAGAAACAAUUAGUCCGUUACGCUGAUGCUGAUACUGAAGAAGAGUGGAAGUUGUUGGACGAAUAUGACAAUGGUACCUUUGCGAAAUUUAAAGAAGCUAUCGUUAAGAACUAUCCAGAGGCUCAAGAUGUGGAGUCUGGGACCGUUAAUAGGUUGACGUGUAUUACGCAAGUAGUCGUGGAAGCGGAUGAUAUAGCUCUUAAUACUUCUGGUAUAUACGGAGUAACAGAGGCCUCGCCUCUCGAAAUAUCAUCUAGUGCUAGAAAAGAUUCCUCGGGAUUAAAAAUUGAAGUCGAGGAAGUCAAACAGCAGGUAGCAAGCCUUUUAGACCAUCUUGAUCUCAAUGAGAAACAGAGUGAUGCACGCCAGAAGCAACUGUUAGAAGCCUUUCAACAGUCAAAAAACACUGGUAUGCAGCAAUCUAGAUCUCGCAAUAGUGAAGGUAGUACAGCCUCUGCAAAUGAUACUAAGAAACAUGUCACGGAGGGAUUACUCAAGAUAGUCAACGAUAAGAUAGUUAUGGGAGACAGGAACCUGGUACCUAGGGAACCCGCGCAGAAAGCACCUUUUGAACGAGUAAUAGAUUACUUUGCCAAGAAGAAAAGUGGUCAAUUGUUCUUUGAGGGCAUAGAUAGCGUAGCAGGGGUUUAUCAACUCUCUGCGCCUCUCAGCAGUGAAGAUAAUUCGGUCUAUGCCAACCAUGUUGCGGAUCCCCAGGAUGACAUUAUCAAUAAACUUCGAAGAGACGUUCAGCAGCUGCAACAGAAUAGUAAUCUAGCUCCACCCCAAUUUUCAAGUUCAAACGGUUCCGCUCAACAGCAGCCUGCUGGAUUUCUAGAUGGUCCGAUGAAGGCAAGGAGAAAUAACAAGUUGAAGCCUAUGACUGUUUCUCUAGAAAAGCUGGAGGACCAUUUUAAAAAUAAAGGCAAGCAAAAAGAACAGACUAUUACUAAGAAACAAGUCGUCAAAAACCAUGGGUUGAGUGAUGAUGAAGUCGAGAUUAUAGAAAAAUCAGGGAGAGAUACGAGCAAGGAAACUUCCAAGCCCAUCUCAAAACCUAAGACAAGAGUGACAGUAGAAGAGGCCUCGGACGACGAGGAAGGAACUUAUCAGCAAGAUCUUCCCUACCGGAACGUGAAAGCCAUAAGUUUCAAGCCCUUGCCAGUCGAUAGCCGUCCGAGAACUGAAGAUAUAUCCAAGAAAGUCCGAGAUCCACUAGAAAACGACAGGAUUCCUGCAUAUAAAAACAUACUACCCAUCCAUAAAGAUGGUAGGGCACAGGAAGUCGCGUCAAGGGUUUUGGAAGCACCAAUUUCAAUCAAUGCAAAAGAAUUGUUAGAUUUGUCACCUGCAGUAAGAAAAGAACUUGCGAAAUUAAUGGCCAAGAAACGUAUCGCGACUAAACCAGUAGUGCAAAGUGCAUAUGGUGUGGGGGAGGAUCAUCUAGAUUCAGCCCCACUACCAUUUAGUUCAGAAAACCUAAAUCUCGACAAUGAAGAAUGGGUCAAGGCCCUGAAAUUCGACUGCGAUCGAGGAUCUUUAAUUGUUGGCGACCCAUACUUGCAAUACCUAGAUACUUUGGAACCUGGGGAAACUCUGAGACCAGUAAUCGUCGGAGGGGCGUCUACUAGCUUAAGAGCAAUCUUCCCUUUGAUUAACGGAACAGGACACGAAGAAUGCGUGGUUGACGGUGGUUCCCAAAUAGUGUCAAUGGCCGAGCACAUCGCGACGAGCCUAGGCAUUGGUUGGGACCCAGAUAUUACCAUUCAUAUGCAGAGUGCAAAUGGUUCGCUCGUGAAGACUUUAGGUCUCGCAAAGAACGUUCCAUUUUUAUUCCAAGACAUAGUAGUCUAUCUACAAGUCCAUGUAAUCGAUAGUCCUGCAUACAAAGUACUUCUAGGAAGACCAUUCGAUGUUGUGACUGAAAGUCUUAUAAAGAAUAAUUCUGACGGAGGUCAGGUCAUCACUAUCACUGAUCCUAACACUGGUCGACGAUGCACUAUUCCUACUUUCACGAGAGGAACAACGUUUAGAAUGACUAGACCUGUUGAGGCUGAGGGUUUUCGCAGCUCGAAGAUCUGA